CGCUGCCGUGCGCGCUGCAGAUCUGACAUCGAGCACGCCGAGCAUGGUGGCCGGGAGCAGCAGCGUGUAGCCACCGCGCGUGCGGAGCACGUCGUGCUGACCCAGCCCAAGAGCUGGACGGUGACGGCUUGAUGCGCUUGUGUACGAGCCCAAGGGCACGCGUGCUGCGCCGCGCGGCCUUGGAGAGUGAGUCCGAGCGGGAGAAGGCCGAGCGAGUGCCGCGCCGCGCCGUUCUGCGAAUGAGCGCCGCGCCGGCCCACGAAGAGGCAGAAGACCGGCGCCGGCUUGCGUGGGAGAUAGGCGCCGUCGUCGGGCACGAGUGGGACAGCGGCGUGCUGACGCUCUUGCUGCCGGGGAGGGAGCCGUAGACAAGCUCGGCCAACUGGUCGCCAUCGCUCCGCAAGAAGCAAGCAAGCAUGCCUUCCACUUCCACCUGUAGACGGAGGACCGAAGGUGGAUGUAUCUUGACAACAGAACUUGUGAACAAUACUUAUCUGGUGUGAAGUCAUUCAUAUCUGCAGCAGAGGCUGAUAUGUUGAGUCAGAACAAGUCCUCUAUGUUCUGCCCGUGCCGUGAUUGUGAGAACAUCAUGGAGUAUAGAAACUCGAUGCAUAUUCAUGCUCAUCUCAUCAUUCGGGGAUUCAUAAAAAAAUACAUGUACACAUGUUGGAAUAAACAUGGUGAGGUUGGUGUCAAUGAUGGAGAGCUUGAUGAAGACCUCCCGGACAAGCAGCAGGACCAAGAUGAUAUGCAUACAUGUCAAGAUCUUAGUGACGAUGAUAUUGUCGAUAUCGGUGGCAACUGUGCCCGUGUGGUUGAGAAUUUGGAGGAGAUGAUUCAUGAUACCAUGGAGAAUGAUGAUGAUAUUGAUGGGGAGUUCGCUACAUUGAAACAACUACUGAGAGAUGCGAAGAUCCCAUUGUAUCCCGGUUGUAAGGAAAAGUAUACAAAGUUGUUCAUGGCGUUCAUGCUGUUGCAACUGAAAGCAACCCAUCAUUGGACCAACCGGAGCUUUAAGGCAUUGCUAGAUCUGCUACAUGAUAUGCUUCCAGAAGGGAAUGAAAUACCUAAGUCCACCUACGAUGCUAAGAAGACUAUUUGCCCUAUGGGAUUGGAAGUAGAAAAGAUACAUGCAUUUAAGAAUGAUUGCAUUAUAUUCCGUGGUGAUAAUGCAGAUUUGACUGAAUGCCCAGAGUGUGGAGUCUCUCGAUACAAGUGUAGAAAAGAUGGUGGCGAUGAUAAGAGAAGGAAUGGAGCUCCUCGUAAGGUGGCAUGGUAUUUCCCUAUAAUACCCCGCGUGAAGCGCAUGUUUGCAAGUAAGAAGGAGGCUCAGUUGUUGCGCUGGCAUAAGGAAGGGCGCAAGGAUAAUGAUAAUUAUCUACGGCAUCCGGCUGAUUCUACCCAAUGGAGAACUUCAAUGCGAUGUAUGGACAAUUUGCAAAUGAUCCAAGAAAUAUUCGGUUUGCGUUGAGCACAGAUGGUAUUAACCCAUUUGGUAGCAUGAGUAGCUCGCAUAGUGUCUGGCCCGUUCUGCUAUCUAUAUACAAUCUCCUGCCCUGGCUCUGUAACAAGAGGAAGUAUAUCAUGAUGCCACUUCUAAUCUUAGGCCCGCAUCAGCCAGGCAACGACAUCGAUGUGUAUCUCAGACCACUUGUGGAUGAUCUUAAACAACUCUGGUCACUUGGUGUUGAGGAUGUCUUCGAUGGGUACAAGCAAGAGCGCUUCACUCUACACGGCAUGUUAUUUUGUACCAUCAACGAUAUCCCAGCACAUCAUUGCUUGUCUGGACAAUGUAAAGGGGACCAAGAUUGCUUCCAUUGCUUAGAGGAUACCGGGUCUUUGUGGUUGAACAACUCGAAGAAAUAGGUGUACCUAAGGCACCGACGUUUCCUUCCCCAAUCUCAUGCCUAUCGAAAGAUGAAGCAACAAUUUGAUGGCACGAAGGAGACAUCAUUAGCUCCAAGGCAUUUCAAUGGGAAAUAUGUCUACAAUCAGGUGAAGGAUAUCAACGUUACCUUUGGGGAAAAAAGCAUAAACCUUGGAGAAAAAAGCACAAUCCUUGGAAAGAGGAAGCGGACUGUGGAAAAUGAUGAUAAGAAGAGGUGGAAAAAGAAAUCUAUUUUUUGGAAGCUAUUCUUCAAAGGAUACAAUGGGAGAGAGGUUACAUUCAGUUGAACCCUCUUCCAUUGGAUUCUAUAACUGGACCUUCAAGUGGUUCCGCUCCUCUUUCUCAAUCAGUUCAGCCUCAGAAAAAUGCUGAGAGAGAUCUAGAAAAAGCUGGCAGAAAUGAAUUCCAAGAAAGAUAAUGUGGGACAGAUGGAGAAACAGUCAAAGAUGAGCUCCAAGAAUGCUAUCGCUGCAGAGAUGGACAUAGAUACACAGCUGAAGUUGAGCUCCAAGAAGGCUACUGCUGCUGCAAAGUGUCAUUCGGAGAAGCAGCCAAAGUUUUGGUCCAAGAAGGCAGGUGCCACUAGUGCAAUGGAGAAGCAGCAAAAAAGGCAACCAUGACAGCCAAUAACUCAAAGAGUCAGCUGGUGAAGCAACCCAAAAAAGCUGUGUCAUCACCAUGGACCCAACCCAACCCCAAUUUCAAGUUUGGAGAGCCGAUGCUAACGGAAGCUGCACUUGAGAGUGCUGGUCCUUCAUGUGUCACGCUCCAUAAGUACUACAUGCGACUUUGUGCUGAAAAGAAGAAGAGUGGUAUAAUUGUGCUUUUCAAGCGUUGUCACUUCCUGCGUUCUUCGGAUAAAGAGUGUUUAUUGGUCAACUUAUCUGAUUUGUAUGAUCUGUUCAACCUCGACACACUGGACACAUCCCUUGUACGAUGCUUCUCAUUAUCUUUGGUCCAAAAGAUUCAGCAGCAAUCCCUUCCUGUGGGAAUUCUUGACCCGCUGAUGAUGUCUGUAGCAGUCAUGAAGUAUAGUAGAGAAGAAGCUGCGGAUUAUUUGGCAAGGGCAAUUUCUCGUUUUGCUAGGAGGGAGUACAUAAUGUUCGCCCAUAACCCAGGGCUUAUGCCAAAUCAAGAGCGAAAGAGGAAAGUAGCUGUAAGCUCACACAUGCAACAAAGUCUCCGUGUCACCAACAGCUGCCUGGUAACACAUGUGGUUUCUACGCUGCCUAACAUAUGAUGAUCACUAUGAGCAAUACAAAUUUGCAAAGUCCUGAGGUAUUGCAAUUUUUCUAGAAUCCUUAGGAUUUUAUAUAUUAUGGAUGUGACAAAGUUAACUAGAGUACUAGACAUUCAGUUCUGAUAGCAGCAUGCUGUUUGAUUAAGACCGGUUAUUGUCCAUAUUUUAUAUCUAUUGAUUCAGGUGCUUAGUUAGAAUCGUGAAAGACACCCUGGUCACCUUGCUGAUUAAUUCAUACAUGUUAGUUGCAACUGGCAUCGCUUUUUUUAUCAUUAUUCAGAAUGGUCGUAAUUGCUAUUGUUGUCGACCUUUGCUUGGCCUGUCGGUUUCAGCCAGUAACUGUUGUUUGGUGGCCAGUGUAAUUAAGAGUAAUAAGCUAAUUUCUAUAUCUGAUUGGAUAAACACAGAAAUCACAUUUAUUUGCUUGUUCGGUUUAUUGUAGACAUUUGUGUGGAUACAGUUUCUUCACGAAAGGAAGAAAGACAAGGCUGUGUAUACAGUUUAUUCACUAAAGAAACAAACUAUAUAUAUAGUAGCUUUGUGUCUGUUUAUUGUAGUGUUUCAUGUGAAUGUACAGUUAACAGUUUGUAACUAAAGAAGGUAUUGCAAGGUUGGAGUU